AUGGCGCAACAAGACAACGCCGCCCGCAUCGCCGAAGCAAAGAAGCAGGCAAAGGACCACCCGCAACAGGCCGAGCAGACGUUCAAGAGCAUACUGGAACAAGGCCCUGGCAAGUCCGAUGCCGCUGCACGCGACUACGAGAAUGCCUUGAUGGGUCUUGGUGAGCUGUACCGCGACCAGCGCCGCACCAACGACCUGGCCGAGCUUGUCCAGAACAUCAAGGCUGUCCUGUCGUCACUGGCAAAGGCAAAGACUGCAAAGCUGGUGCGCCAACUGCUCGACCUCUUCACACCCAUCCCCGACUCGCUCGAAACACAGAUCUCCGUCACAAAAUCAUGUAUCGACUGGGCCGUCCAAGAACGCCGUGGUUUCCUGCGCCAGAACCUCGAGACACGGCUGGUCUCGCUGUACAUGCAAAAGCAGAGUUACUACGAGUCUCUUACCCUCAUCAACCGCCUGCUCAAGGAGCUGAAGCGUCUCGACGACAAGCUAGUCCUGGUCGAAGUCCAACUGCUCGAAUCAAGAGUCUACCAUGCUCUCGGCAACGUCCCCAAGGGUCGUGCUGCCCUCACCUCCGCCCGCACAUCCGCCGCCUCGGUCUACUGCCCGCCGCUGUUGCAAGCCAACCUUGACAUGCAGAGUGGCAUGCUGCACGCCGAAGACGGCGACUUCAACACCGCCUACUCAUACUUCAUUGAGGCUCUUGACGGCUUCCACGCUCAGGACGAGACCGAGAAGGCAACCGCCGGCCUCAUGUACAUGCUUCUCUGCAAGAUCAUGCUCAACGCCAGCGACGACGUCAACAACCUCAUGCAAUCAAAGCACGCCCUCAAGUACGGCGGCAAAGGUCUCGACGCCAUGAAGCAAGUCGCCAAAGCCCACAACGACCGCUCGCUCGAAGAGUACGAGACCGCACUUGCCGACUACCGCCACCAACUCGCUUCCGAUCGCUUCAUCGCCACCCACCUGCGCCGUCUGUACGACAACAUGCUCGAGCAAAACCUCAUCAAGGUCAUUGAGCCCUUCAGCCGCGUCGAGAUUGCACACAUUGCCAAGAUGGUCGGUCUGGAUGUGCACCAGGUCGAGCACAAGUUGAGUCAGAUGAUUCUGGACCGCGUCAUCAUUGGUGUCCUUGACCAAGGACAGGGCUGCCUUGAGAUCUUUGACGAGCCUGAGCGUGAUGCCCAAUACGAUGCUGCUUUGAACACUAUUGACAAGUUGAGCAAUGUUGUCGAUGUGCUCUACACCAACCAGGCCAGCCUGCUGGAGUAA